AUGGCCGACUCCGCGCCGCUCGCCUCCCUCUCCCUCACGCACGUCUACUACGACCCUGACGACCGCCUCUCCCUCGUCUGCGCCUACCUCGCCCUCGUCCCGCAGGCCCUCUGCAUUGUCUACGCCACCCUCGUGCUCGCCACGCGCGAGGCCGAGAUCGCCCUCGCCCUCGUCGGCCAGCUCGCCUGCGAGGCCCUCAACUUCGCCCUCAAGCGCCUCAUCAAGGAGGAGCGCCCCCGCCGCAUCCACGGCAAGGGCUACGGCAUGCCCUCGUCCCACGCCCAGUUUGUCGCCUUUUGGAGCGUCUCCCUCGCCCUGUUUCUGCUCCUGCGGCAUCGCCCGCGUCCCGCCACCACCACCACCACCACCACUACCAACAACAACAACAACGAGAACUCUGCGGCAGCGGCAGCAAAGGCAGCAAAGGCAAUUCGCAGCCUGGGUCUGGGGAGUGCACGCCUCGACGUCGACGGCAGGCUACACCGCCCUUGGUCCCUCCCCGAGCGCCUCGCCGUCAGCCUCGCCGCCGCGGGCGUCGCCGUCGCCGUCGCCUGGAGCCGCAUCUACCUCGACUACCACACCCCGCGGCAGGUGCUCGCCGGCAUCGGCGCGGGCGUCGCCUCCGCCCUCGCCUGGUUCGCCGCCACGGCCGUCCUGCGCCGCUCCGGCUUGCUCGCCUGGGCGCUCGACCUGCCCCUCGCCCGCGCCCUGCGCGUCCGCGACCUCGCCAUCGAGGAGGACAUGUGCCAGGCUGGCUGGGAGAAGUGGGAGGCCAAGCGCUCCGCCGAUGCUGCUGCUGCUGCUGCUGUUAGCACCGCGGGUAACGGCAAGGCUAAGACGGGGUGA